AUGUUCGACGAGCAACUAUUUGAGAGACUUUUGAACAAUGUCAGAGCAAAUCAAGAUGUAAGUGUUUUGGAAUUGGUUGCAAAACGGCAGCGGAAUGCUGAGCAACAAAAUUUGUCAAAACUUUCACGGAUUUUAAAGCUUUUCUUGCAGAUUUCCUCCUCUCUUCGCUCGCUGAAACACAUGGACAUUCCGCGGUCGUAUUCCGAGAACUCCGAUCUGAUCGCCCAGUCGGAGCGGCUCCUUCACACCCCUUCACACUGGCUGCUCGCGAUGAAAGUGAUCAGAAAGAUGGAGGUCCGCGAGCCGCCGCGUCCGGAUGAAAUGUACGCGCCAAAGUUGAGAGAAUCCGAUGAGAUGAGGCAGAUUUGGAGAGAUUCGAGGCUGCGGCGGAUCGAAGACGACGAGUAUUUGAAGGAUUACGGUAGGCGGAGAGCCGAGGACGAGAGGAUGGAAAAGUGGUGGAAAGGGGCGAAGGGGAAGGUUGGUGGAUUGGGAAAGAGAAGGAAAUGAGUGCGAUUUCAGUUGGAUGUCAACGGGAACGCCUUCUUCUUUUUCAACAAACGGGGCACUCGCGGAGCAAAAUCGAACAGGACAAAGGCGGCGAAAAAGAAGAAAAAGAUGAAGAAAAGGAGAGAGGAGCAGGAGAAGAAGAAACAAUUCAGUAGGAAGAAAAGGAAGAACUAG